CGCCAGGGUGGCCUUUCGGCAAGCGAGGGGACCGCGCGCCGCGCUCCGCCCAGCUCGUUCCGCUCCGCAGAGCCGGCGCGGCCAGGGCGCAGGGAGGGCGGCACUCGGCCUCUGCCCCGCAUCCCCCCGGCUCUCCGGGCCGCUCCCCCGAGGUCUGAGCGCCCCGCGGGCAGGAGCUGGGCCGGCGCCCGCCGCUCGGAAGGCGCAGAGACGCGGGCUCACAGCUGCGGGUCCCCUCGCGCCCGGCCCGGGGCCCACCCGCACAAUCCCGGGCUGCCCGCGGGACGGACCGUGCGCGCGCCGCCGUCGGGGGCUGCAGCCUCUCGGCCGAGGGCCAGGGUCCAGUCCCAGCGACGGUCCGCACUGGACAGGUCCCUGGAUGAGAAGGAGCUGACCCCAGCCGAGUCCCAUCUUCUCUGCGUGCCGGGCAGCCGGGUGCUGUCGCCCAGGUGGCACCAAUGCCGAAGAACAGCAAGGUAACCCAGCGUGAGCACAGCAACGAGCAUGUCACGGAGUCGGUGGCUGACCUGCUGGCCCUGGAGGAGCCCGUGGACUACAAGCAGAGUGUUCUGAACAUGGCGGGUGAGGUGGGCGGCAAGCAGAAGGCAGCGGACGAGGAGCUGGAUGCCGAGGACCGGCCGGCCUGGAACAGCAAACUGCAGUACAUCCUGGCCCAGAUCGGCUUCUCAGUGGGCCUCGGCAACAUCUGGAGGUUCCCCUACCUGUGCCAGAAAAAUGGAGGCGGUGCCUACCUGGUGCCCUAUCUGGUGCUGCUGAUCAUCAUUGGCAUCCCCCUCUUCUUCCUGGAGCUGGCUGUGGGCCAGAGGAUCCGCCGAGGCAGCAUCGGCGUGUGGCACUAUGUGUGCCCGCGCCUGGGGGGCAUCGGCUUCUCCAGCUGCAUAGUCUGCCUCUUUGUUGGACUCUACUACAAUGUCAUCAUCGGCUGGAGCAUCUUCUAUUUCUUCAAAUCCUUCCAGUACCCACUGCCCUGGAGUGAAUGUCCUGUGGUCCGGAACGGGACCACAGCAGUGGUGGAGGCUGAGUGCGAGAAGAGCUCGGCCACGACCUACUUCUGGUACCGAGAGGCCCUGGACAUCUCCAACUCCAUCUCUGAGAGUGGCGGCCUCAACUGGAAGAUGACGCUGUGCCUCCUUGUGGCCUGGGCCAUCGUGGGCAUGGCCGUGGUCAAGGGCAUCCAGUCUUCGGGGAAGGUGAUGUACUUCAGCUCCCUCUUCCCCUACGUGGUCCUCGCCUGCUUCCUGGUCCGUGGGCUGCUGCUGCGAGGGGCGGUGGAUGGCAUCCUGCACAUGUUCACUCCCAAGCUGGACAAGAUGCUGGACCCCCAGGUGUGGCGUGAGGCUGCCACCCAGGUCUUCUUUGCUCUGGGGCUGGGCUUCGGGGGUGUCAUUGCCUUCUCCAGCUACAACAAGCAGGACAACAACUGCCACUUUGACGCAGCCCUGGUGUCCUUCAUCAACUUCUUCACCUCAGUGCUGGCCACCCUCGUGGUCUUUGCUGUGCUGGGCUUCAAGGCCAACAUCAUGAACGAGAAAUGUGUGGUCGAAAAUGCCGAGAAAAUCCUGGGGUACCUCAACAGCAAUGUCCUGAGUCGGGACCUCAUCCCUCCGCAUGUCAACUUCUCCCACCUGACUGCCAAGGACUACUCGGAGAUGUACAGGGUGAUCAUGACCGUGAAGGAGGACCAAUUCCCAGCCCUGGGCCUCGACGCCUGUCUGCUGGAGGAUGAGUUGGACAAGUCCGUGCAGGGCACUGGCCUGGCCUUCAUCGCCUUCACUGAGGCCAUGACGCACUUCCCUGCCUCGCCCUUCUGGUCCGUCAUGUUCUUCCUGAUGCUUAUCAACCUGGGCCUGGGCAGCAUGAUCGGGACCAUGGCGGGCAUCACCACGCCCAUCAUCGACACCUUCAAGGUGCCCAAGGAGAUGUUCACAGUGGGCUGCUGUGUCUUUGCAUUCUUCGUGGGGCUGUUGUUCGUCCAGCGCUCCGGGAACUACUUUGUCACCAUGUUUGAUGACUACUCGGCCACCCUGCCUCUCACAGUCAUCGUCAUCCUCGAGAAUAUCGCCGUGGCCUGGAUCUAUGGGACCAAGAAGUUCAUGCAGGAGCUGACGGAGAUGCUGGGCUUCCGGCCCUACCGCUUCUAUUUCUACAUGUGGAAGUUUGUGUCUCCAUUGUGCAUGGCUGUGCUCACCACGGCCAGCAUCAUCCAGCUGGGGGUCACGCCCCCCGGCUACAGCGCCUGGAUCAAGGAGGAGGCGGCUGAACGCUACCUCUACUUCCCCAACUGGGCCAUGGCGCUGCUGAUCGCCCUCAUUGUCCUGGCCACCCUGCCCAUUCCUGUGGUAUUUGUCCUGCGUCACUUCCACCUGCUGUCUGAUGGCUCCAAUACGCUGUCUGUGUCCUACAAGAAGGGCCGCAUGAUGAAGGACAUGUCCAACCUGGAGGAGAACGACGAGACCCGCUUCAUCCUAAGCAAGGUGCCCAGCGAGGUGCCCUCCCCCAUGCCCACCCACCGCUCCUACCUGGGCCCUGGCAGUGCUUCACCCCUGGACAACAGCACCAACCCCAAUGGACGCUACGGGAGCGGCUACCUCCUGGCCAGCACCCCUGAGUCGGAGCUGUGACCCCCCCCCAGCCCACCUCAUCCCGGCCCCCAGACCCAACCAGCCAAGGCCAGGCCCUCUGCCCACUAUUGAGGGUCUCCCCUGGCUCAGCCCCCACCCCAGUCCCGGCCAUUUCUGCCCCCUAAACCGGAUUGGGGGACCGGAGAAACUCUGCCCUCUAAUCCCCGGCCCACCCCAUCUAACCCUCUGAGAUCCUCUCACCAAAUCGCAGUUGAAGAACUGGGGUGACCCCUGAGUCCUGACUCCCAGCACAGGAGAGGCCCUGAGUCACCCAUGAAGGGUUACUCUGCUCUCCCUCCCCAUAACCUGCUACCUGCAGUUCUUAGGUCUCGGGGACACCCUCUAUGCCACCAGGUGGUGGUGGCAGAGGCUCUGGGGUGGGGGUGGGGACCCAGAGGCCACCUGGCCUGAUGCUGGGCUGGGGCUGGGCUUCUGUUUGUGUUCUGACUUGAGCACAGGCCUUGCGAGUCCUGGCGGUGGCUAGUAGGGGGCUCCUCUGCCCCCCUAUAUGUUCUUGCUUGGGGUGCAUGGGAUGUGCCCUCAAAUCCUGCCGGGGAGGGCCAGGACCCUCCCCACCUUCAUUAAGGCUUAGCAGUCUCCGCCCUGCCCCCUCCAUCUUAGAGCCCAGAGUGGGGGUCUCUGUCUCUUCCCUCCCGAGGAGGGUCCCAGAGCGCUGGAGACAGUUCACAGCACAAUUCAGAUGAUUUGGAGCACAAAAUUGCAAAGCACACCUCUCCACAGCCCGCCUGACCUUCUAGCUAUAGUGGCAGCUGCUUCCCUGGAAAGGGUCCCUGGAAUUCAGGAGCUCACCCACCCCCAGGAAGUUUUCCCCAGGUUCACACUGGGGCAAAACACGUAAUGUCACUGCCCUUUGGGGCCUUUACUUUCUUCAUACAAGCACAGCCUCCUGGUACGCGGUCACUCUGAAAGCCCUCCCACGCCUCCCUGGCCAUGGUGCAGGCAGGCCCCAGUCAGGGCCGGGAUACCAGAGGCUGCAAGAGGAGAGGCUAGGUUUCUGCCCUGCAGCCCAGCCCCGAGCAUCCCCUGAUCUUCCCACUGCCCAGGAACUGUCCGCAGUGGACAGAAUGGGAGUGUUAGAACCUGAGGGAGAGAAAGUGUCUGGGAAGAAAUGGAUGAAGCAAUGGAAGGAAGAAAGAAUGGAAGGAAAGAAAGCAGGGUGGAUGGACAGACAGGUGGAUGAACAGAUGAAAGAUGGAUGGAUGGAUGAAUGGAUGGAUGAUGGGUGGAUGAUGGGUGGAUGGAGAAGGUGAGUAGGUGGAUGGAUAGAUGAAUUCAUGGGUGGAUGGAUGGAAGGGUUGGUGGGAAAAUGGAUGGAUGGAUGGAUGGGUGGAUGGAUGGAUGGAUGGAUGGAUGGGUCGGUGGGAAGGUGGAUGGACGGACGGAUGGACGGAUGGAUGGAUGGAUGGAUGGGUGAUGGGUGGAUGAUGGGUGGAUAGAGAGGGUGAGUGGGUGGAUGGAUAGAUGAAUGCAUGGGUGGAUGGAUGGAAGGGUGGGUGGGAAGAUGGAUGGAUGGAUGGAUGGAUGGAUGGAUGGAUGGGUGAAUGGAUGGAUGGACGAACAGACUGAUGGAAGACUGUCUGGAAUAGCAAACCACCAUCUUUGAGUGCCUGGCUGGACAGGGCACAAGCAGGCCACAGAAGUAGGCCUUUAACAACGUGCUGAGGUGCGCUUGCACUUCUGACUGUGCUUGGUGCGGGGAGGGAUAGGCCCAGGAUUCUGUCUUUCACUCCUUAUUCCCUUGGCCCAGCCCCCCGUGCUGGGGGUAUCUUUCUCAGCCCCACCUGUCCUUCUGUGUGCGGGGAGAGGAGGACCCCCCUCUCCCCAAAGACUUGAGCUUCGUGGGCACAACAUCCCGCCUUAGCCCCCCUCACCUGACUACACCUCCUCCCUGACCCCAUGCCGAAUCCCAAGCAGAGUUAGCAACAGGAAAGCAAGGCCCUAGGAGACACAGCUAUAUAUACUCUUCUAUAUAUUCUAUUUCUAUUGUACAUUCAAUCUGUACAUGUGGGUGUAAAUGCUGUUAAAUGACAAACCCAAUAUUAUACUGUGGCUGGUGGACUAUUUUCAUCCUCAGUGCUGUACAGAUCUAUUUUCAUUGUAUAUUUGAUAUAUUUUUAAUUUUGUAGCUUGAGGCUGGGCCAGGCCCCAGCCCACCAGCCUGUGCCGGGGGCUGGGCCAGAGCCAUCUGCUCGGUCCCCCGGGUGAGCUCCGGGCUCCGUAGUGCUGGUUGCCUUUGCCGUAGGCGGGGCCCUGACCGGGCUGCCAUGUUAGACACAGGGCCCCGAGCUUGGUGUGUGCGCGUGUGUGAGUGUAUGUGUGUGCUGUGUGUGCAUUGUGGGUGUAGGUGCGUGUGGGGUGCUGACUUUCCCUUCCCAGUGUUUGUCCCCUUCCCGAAGCCCGCACCCGUGGUCCCCACCCCACCACUGCCUCCUCUCAGCUCUUCGAGGCCAGGCUCAGGGCGAGGUCCCUCGGGGAGUCCCCGAGGUGGGGUCAGGCACGGUUUCUUGCUGGCGACUCAUUGCCUUCAUACACUGGGCUUGCCAGAAACAGGGAAUUUGGGGCCUUGUAAGGGGGAACCCCCACCCCCAAUUUAUUUUCCAGCUAACCUCUCGCGAAUCCUACUCGCGUCAAAAAUUCUUCUCCUGGAGAAGCUCUGGCUUUCUAUCGAAGACUCAACCAGGCCGCCAAGGCCUCGCAGGGCCGCUGCCCUGGGCCUGCCCUCUGGUGAUCCCGACAGUGUUCAGAGGGGACAGCAGGCCUCCUCCCUGUGUUCUCAUACACUUCUGUUCGAGCCCCCGCACCACUGGGGCACCGGGAAUUGGGGAGAGGCCGGUGGGACACCUGCUGAGGAGAGACCCCCUCCCCAGAUCCCCCGAUGUGCAGUAAGUGGCCAAGGAGGGUCCUUACAUCUCUGCCUAGGGUCCCACCCCUGGCUUUGGUGCCAUCCCUCAGUGCCCACAGGGGACAGCAAACUCCAAGGCAGAAGCCCCAGAAGCACCCCAGGCCCUGGCCUCUGCCGACUCUCCAGCCCCCAUCACCAGCUUCUUGCUCAGGGAGCCUCCUGCCCUCUCCCCCGAGGCCCAGGUUGGGGGUGUUGCAUCCACGUGAUGCCUGCAAGGUCGGCUGUCCCUCCAGCAAUAAACUUGGGAGUAGCAGGACAAGUCCUUUCAGGCUGGCUGGCAGGGGGCCCUGAGGCUGGGGGGCCGGAAACAGUAUUAUAGUGGGGAGCUGUGUGGGGAUAGCUGCUGGCUGCCCUUCCUCACAGUGGCCCCUGCCCCCCACUGGGGAAAAGGAAAAAAGAGACUGAACAGAUCUGCCACUGAGUGUCUACUAGGCCCUGAAAUGUGGGGCUCUUGCCUCUGCUCUGGGGACCUGGCUAAGGGUCUGGGUCCCCUCUCAUGCCAAGCUCUGCUUUGUACAGACCCUAGCACACCUGGCAGGUACCACUCAGAACAAUAGAGCCCAUUUGCCCCUCAGCUGGUCAGAGCCCCUGGUCCAGAGCAUUCCGCCCGGGGAGGGGCAAGACCUAGUGACCCCAGAGUUCCUUGUCCCCCUUGCCUCCCCUCAUGGUGUAUAAUAAAGUGUCUGUUCUUACCGAA